AUGGAGAAGCUUAAUAAUAGCCCAAGAGCGGGACACAAAAGCCCUCGGAGAGAGAGAGAGAGAGAGAGAGGGAAGUUUAUACGAAAAUGGUCUCCGCCACUGAAAUUGGCAGGGUCGCCCGCUCUGUCACUGUGUGGCAAACGAUGGAUGAGCACCUCGGAGGGGCAGGAGGGAAGUACAAUGCCUAAAUUGGGGAGUGGUGGUGAUCAGGUGGCAAUCGACCUGUAA